GUGCGUGCACAUACACACUCACUGUUGCACAGCUUGGGACAGAAAGAUGAGAAGAAUGCUACACACAGUGCUGCUGAUGGCCCUCCUGGGUGAGGUGUUCAUGGCCCCAUACCUUCAGGAGAAGCAAGCCAAGAAGUUCCUUCGUAACAAAAGGCAGGUGGGCUACUGGGACCCCAACCACUCCCAGAACAUGUGGGGUUACACCAUACAGGAGCAGGCUAAUGAAUACUGGACUGCUUUGAGGACAGAUGCACAGUAUUACAUGGACAUGGGCAACCUGAUGUUUCACCGCUCUGUGGCUGAUGAGAAUAACAGGCUCUAUAUGGAGAUGCUGAGGAACGCAAGAGCGCACCUUGAUGCGCAUAGCGGCAGACAGCGAUAGAUCAGCCAGUGUACACAGAGACGGACCGUGAAGACGAGUCACCCAUAAUUGUUGACAAAAUGUCUAUAGGACUUUUCCAACAGUAACUGAACACCCAGGCGGUUCCGUGAAU